AUGUCUGUAACAGCUCCAGUUCCAAUUAUUUCACCAGUUGCAGAAGAGGACGGCGAAACUCAACAAAGCUUUGAAAUAUACAAAGAUAAAUUGGAAUCAAUAUUGUUAGAUCCAAAAAUUGCUGAUAAACAAGUUUGUGUUGUCAGUGUUGCUGGUGCUUUUCGAACUGGAAAAAGUUUUAUUUUAAAUUUUUUCCUACGCUAUCUACGAUGGAAGACUUGUGCCAGCGAUGAUGAAUCAGAAACUGAUUGGCUACAAACAAAUUUAAUUAAUAGCAAUGAGGGCAAUAAUGGUCAAUUAAAAGGUUUUAGUUGGCGUGGAGGUGAUGACCGGGAGACUAGUGGAAUUCUUAUUUGGCCAGAACCUUUUAUUUUACAGGACAAGCAUGGAAAUGAGAUCGUUGUGAUUUUAAUGGAUACGCAAGGUAUUUUUGACUGUGUCAGCACAGUUAAAAGUUGCGCCACAAUAUUUGCACUUUCUACAAUGAUUUCUUCUAUUCUUACUCUUAUGUUUCUUGUUCGUGAUUGGUGUUUUCCUUAUGAAGCAGAAUAUGGAAUUAAUGGGGGGCAAAGAAUUUUGGACAAACGCUUGGAAACAGGUGCAAAACAACACAAAGAGUUACUACAACUUCGACAACACAUCAAGUCAACUUUUGAAAAUAUUAAAUGCUUUUUGAUGCCCCAUCCUGGGCUUGAUGUAGCUACUAGUCCAGAUUUCCGCGGCGAAUUGAAUAGCGGAGGCUAUAGCCCCAGAAGCCCCUUCCUGGCUACGCCCUUGUUCUGGAUUACUUUAAUUUUGAUAAUUGACAAGUGCCUCUACAUUAAUUCUAUAAUUUUGUUUAAUUUAGCAAUCAACGCAGACUUUAAAGCUCAAUUGCACGCACUGGUUCCUCAUCUUUUCGAUCGUAACAAUUUAGUUGUUAAAGCUAUUAAUGGACAACAAAUUACUUGUCGUGAAUUGUCUGUUUAUUUAAAUGCUUAUUUUGAAGUAUUUAAUGGAACGGAAUUGCCUGAACCGAAAACUAUAUUAGCUGCAACAGCAGAAGCAAACAAUUUGGCUGCUGUGGCAAGUGCAAAGGCUGUUUAUUCAAAAGAAAUGGAAGAAGUCUGUGGAGGUGAUACACCUUUUAUGAGCAGUGCUGAACUUAAUCAGCAUCAUGAACGUUGCCGUGCCAGUGCUCUUCUUUCAUUUAACAGUGCAAAGAAGAUGGGUGGCCCCGAAUUAACUUCUCAAUUUCGAGAGAAACUUGAGGAAGAUAUAAAGUCUGCAAAUGAGGCUUUUAUUCGCGUCAAUAAUUCAAAGAAUUUAUUUAAAUCUGUUAAAACACCUGCUGUUCUGGUUUUAUUUAUGGUCGUCUGCUAUAUUUUCCAAGAGUUUUUCCAACUUUUGGGUCUUUUUAUGGUGGCUUCCGUUUUCUCUCUAAUUUUGACAAUUGUUAUUGCUCUCCUUGUAACUUGGACAUAUUCAAGAUACAGUGGACAUUUACGUGAUGCGCAAAAAACAAUUGAUACUUUUGUCAAUGUUGUGCACGGAAAUUUUAUAUUACCGGCAUUUGCAACUGCAAUGGGUAAUGCAACACUUGACUUGGCGAUGGGCUCGAAUAGUACAUUUACUAUGCCAUCGAAUUCUACUUCAUCUACCUCUGAGGAAAAAAAGAAAAAAUGA